AUGCCCUCCCAACCGCCCAUCCCACACAUCCUAUCCCCCUACCUCACGCAUUCCACACACUCCGCCCAAUCACUCACGAUAAUCACAUCCGUUCUCGCGGCGACGCCCAACUGGUUAGUGUUACGAUAUUUACAUUCCGUGCUAUCGGCGGCGACCGAACAUGGACAGACGCACCCUUACCAAGGAGGGAAAAAGAGGAGGAGAGCGAAACGAGUUGUCCUCGUAAGCUUUUUGAGAGAUUGGCUGUUUUGGAGGGGGGAGGGGAAGAGAUUGGGACUCGAUCUUCAGCGAUUUGUGGAGGGGAAUAGACUCAGGUUCGUGGAUGGGUUGAGUGGAUUGUUUGAUGCGCCGCAACAACAACCAGCUCCUCCUCAAGGGAACUCAAGAGCGGUGCCGACGGGUGGUGCAAUGGGAUCUGGGCGGUCAAUUCCCAUGCGUGGGUCGGUUGGUCCCGCGAGUAUUCGAGGCCCUCCUACUAUAUCACCUCUGGCAACAACACCUUCGCAGGCGAAGAUUCCUACCCUGCAACAGCAGCAAAAACAAUUACACCUCUCGGGCCAGGGCACUACUGCGCUAAAUCAAUUAGAGAAUGACAUCCUAUCCGUCAUCAAGUCAUUCCCAAACCCGAAUGCUACAAACGAAACCGGCGAAGAGGAAGAAGAAGAUGAUGAGGACGAUAUUUUGUUAAUACUAGAUCAACCAGAUCUCAUCCUCGCCACAACUCCAGGGAUCGAUGCAAAUGAUAUGUCCGAGUGGGUUAUGGGAUUGCAACAGCACGUUCUGUCGACGAUAAUAACAACCUCCGCCGACACUCCGCUCAUCCACAACGCAAAUCCUUACACAGCAAACGAUAGCACGGCAACACCCCUCGAGAAGAAUCAUGCCUCUUUCGUGGUUGGAUUGGCGCAUCGCGCGGACAUGGUGUUACAGUUACGCACACUGGAUACGGGGGCGGCGAAAGAUGUGAGUGGUGUUUUGAGGAUUAGUAGAGGUGGGGGAUACCAACCUGAACUUGAAGGAGGAAAAGAGGAUGAGGUGAUUGAAAAGGAGGCUUUGUAUUUUGUGCAGAGGGAUGGAGGUGUGAGAGUUUUUGGGAGGGGGGAGGUAUAA